AUGUGGCCCAAACUUCCUCAAGUAUAUUUCCAGGAUUCCUUCCGGAGCAGAUUCAUCAGGCUAAGCAUGAUGGCCCCACCCAGGCUUCUGGAACUUGCGUGUCAGAGCCUAUUGAGAGAUGAGACCUUGGCCAUCGCUGCUCUGGAGCUGCUGCCCAUGGAGCUUUUCCCGCCGCUGUUCACAGCAGCCUUUGCUGGAAGACACAAUGAGAUUCUGAAGGUGAUGGUGCAGGCCUGGCCCUUUGCCUGCCUCCCGCUGGGGGCCCUGAUGAAGGAUCAGCAGCUUCACCGAGAAACACUUCAAGCUGUGCUGGACGGACUCGAUGUCCUGCUAGGCCAGGAGGUUCGCCCCAGGAGGUGGAGACUGCAAGUCCUAGAUUUACGGAAGAAUGCUCAUCAGGACUUCUGGACUGUGUGGUCUGGAAUCAAACCAUUUUUAGAGCCAGAGUUGGCCCAGCCCACGAGGAAGAGGCGAAAAGUGGAGGGUUCAAGGACAGAACCGAAACAACCUUUGGCUCCACUGGAGGUGCUCAUCGAUGUCUGCCUCAAGGAUGGUACCCCCAAUGAGUCUCUCGUCUCCCUCCUGAAGAAAGUCAAGCAGAAGAAAGGUUUACUGCAUCUGUGCUGUAAGAAGCUGAAGAUUUUUGUAAUGCCAAUGCAAAACAUUAGGAAGAUCCUGAAGUUGGUGCAGCUGGAGUCUAUCCAGGAUUUGGAAGUGAAUUGCACCUGGAAAUUGCCCACCCUAAGCAAGUUUGCACCUCAUGUGGGUCAGAUGGGCAACCUGCGCAGGCUCCUCCUCUCACACAUCCACAUGGCCCCCCUGGCCUCUCUGGCGAAGGAGGAGCGGUGUAUCAGCCAGUUCACAUCUCAGUUCCUCAAGCUGAACCACCUCCAGGAGCUCUAUUUGGACUCUAUCUCCUUUCUUAAAGGCCGUCUGGAUCAGAUGCUCAGGUGCCUGAAGACCCCUCUGGAGACCCUGUCAAUCACUAACUGCCUACUUUUGGAGUCUGACCUGGUGCAUCUGUCCCAGGGCCUGAACGUCAGCCAGCUGAAGGACCUGGGUCUUAGUGGGGUCAACCUAACCACUGUAAGUCCCGAGCCCCUGCAGGUGCUGAUAGAGCGGGCCUCAGCCACCCUGCAGGACCUGGACCUGGAUGAGUGUGGGAUCAUGGACAUGCAGUUCACUUCCAUCCUGCCUGCCCUGGGCCGCUGCUCGCAGCUCACUACCUUCAGCUUCUGCGGAAAUCCCAUCUCCAUGGCUGUGCUGGAGGACCUGCUGCGCCACACCAUCGGGUUGAGCAAGCUGAGCCAUGUGCUGUACCCCGCCCCUCUGGAGAGUUAUGAGGAUGUCCGCGGUACCCUCCACCUGGGCAGGCUCGCCUACCUGCAUGCCAAGCUGAAGCAGAUGCUGCAUGAGGCAGGGCGGCCCGGUGUGGUCUGGUUUAGUGCCAACCCCUGUCCUCACUGUGGUGAAAGGACUUUCUAUGACCCAGACCCCAUUCUGUGCCCCUGUUACAUGCCUGCCUAA